GGAGGCACGGCGCAGCGGCGGAGGCGAGCAGGGAGUCGGCUCCGGCUCUGGCCCACAGGCUGGCGGCGGCGGCAAGGGCGCGCUGAAGCGCCAGACGCUCGAGGAGCUCGUGGUGGUGCUGGCCAAGCUGGUGCUGACAGACGAGGCGCAGCUGAGGGCGAUGCUGGGCGCGGUGUACGACACGUACCUCACACCGCUCGACGCCGCAGCGUCCCAGCGUAUGUUCGACGAGGGGGCGAGCUUCAACACGGAGGCAGGCGAGAGGCGCCAGAAGAUCGCCGAAGCGGGGAAGAAGGGCGAGACUCUCGAGCUGCCCAAGAUGUGCGCUCCCUUCCUGCGCACGUUCACGGCCCUGCUCGACGGGCUCUUGGACAAGGACGAGGCGUACGAGGCGGACGGCACGCUGAAGGCCAGCCGCAAGCCGCUGAAGACCUACUGGGACCAGAAGGUGAUGACGAUCAAGUCACCGAACGAGCCCCACGACACGGUGCGCUACUGCCGCGUGCAGCGCCUCAAGACCAAGAGCGCCCACCAGCACGAGCAGGUGAAGAUCCAGUUUCUCCUCGACACGACGACGGCCGACGGGGUGAUUCUCCUGCAGGCCAUCCGCGCGGCGCUUGUGGAGCAGGGGGCAGAGAAAACUAUCGGCGGGGCUCCCAGGGGAGUUCUAGUGAGGGAGGCCCAGAGGCUUCUCGACCAGAUGAAGUGAUUACCGUGCCUGCUGUCUCUCCU